CUCGCGCUCGGCGACUUUCCGGCGUCCGCACCCCGCACUCGACUCGCCGCCGCCAGACAACGCCGGCCAGGCUUGCUUCUCCACCACAUCAACACUCAGGGCAAGCAGCAUGCUACGCACUGCACUGCAGAGACUUCAUGCACCAUCGCCCAGCGCGCUGCGCCGUCUUGCCACGGCUGCAGCGCCGGGACAGCAGCAGCAGGAGCGGCCGCCGGCCCAGGGACCGCUCACCGGCGUGCGCGUGUUGGAGCUCGGACAGCUCAUCGCCGGCCCCUUCUGCGGCCAGAUCCUGGGCCACUUCGGCGCCGACGUCGUCAAGAUCGAGCCGCCGUCGGGCGACCCGCUGCGCAUCUGGCGCGAGCUCGACGAGGACGGCACGUCGCCGUGGUACCGCAGCAUCGCGCGCAACAAGCGCAGCGUCACCGUCGACCUGCGCAAGCCCGAGGGCCGAGAAGUUGUCAGGCGUCUCGCUCGAGAGGUGGAUGUUGUCAUCGAGAACUUCAGGCCCGGGACGAUGGAGAAGUGGGGGCUUGGGCCGGACGAGCUCAAGGAGGACAACCCGGGGCUGAUCAUGGCGCGCAUCUCUGGAUACGGCCAGACCGGCCCGCUGUCUGACCGAGGAGGGUUCGCUGCCGUAUGCGAGGGCUUCGGCGGCUUCCGAUACGUGAACGGCUUCCCCAACGACGAGGGCAAGCUCGCUGGAGCGCCCGUGAGGCCGAAUCUCUCCAUCGGCGACUCGCUGGCUGGUGUCAAUGCCGCGCUCGGCGUGGUGCUGGCGCUCUUUGCGCGCGGCAAGGGCGCCGCCGGCGAGCGUCAGGGGCAGACCGUCGACGUGGCUCUCUACGAGAGCGUGUUGUGCAGCAUGAUGGAGGGCUGCAUCCCGGCGUACGACCGCUGCGGCGUAGUGCGAGGUCCAUCCGGCGCGGGUGUCACAGGCAUCGUGCCCACAUCCGCAUUCGAGGCUAAGGACGGCUACGUCAUAGUGGGCGCCAACGGCGAGGGCCUGUACACGAGGCUCAUGCAGAAGAUUGGCAGAGAGGACCUGCUUGGGCCCAAGUACAACUCCAAUGCGAAGCGCGUCGCGAGGCAGAAGGAGAUCGAGGCUGCCAUCACGGCCUGGACGCUCAAGCACAGCGUGCAGGAUGUGAUCCUCGCGAUGGAGGAGGUGCGUGUGCCAUGCGGGCCGGUCAACAGCGUCAAGGACAUUGUCGAGCACCCGCACGUGCAAGCACGCGGCAUGGUGGAGGACGUGACUGUGCGCUCGCAGGGGAGAGAAUGGACCGUCAAGAUGACAAACAUGUCGCCGAUCCUCGAGCGUGGAGGUGCCACACGCUGGGCCGGCGAGGAUCUGGGCGCCUCUACGUCCGAGGUUCUGCAGGGCGCCGGGUACAGCGAGGCUGAGAUCGACAAGCUGCGGACAGACGGCAUCAUCUAGCUAAUCUCAAUGCUUCACCUCCCGC